CCGCGACCUCAUCACGCUCACAAUGGCCAGCGCAAAGCCAUUGACCAUGUUGGCCCGCAGCCGCCCAGCCGCGACGCUGCUGCGAUCACCACAGUUCGCGUCCGGACGUCUCCCCUCGCCCGCCACCGUCGCCUUCUUCUCGACUACCCUCGCCCGUGCCGCCACCCCAGCCGGACCACCGCCUCCAGGCUUCCGGUUACCAAAGCCUAAGAAGUGGGAUGAAGGUGAAGGUGCAUUGGACCGCGCCGGCAAGUACUUCUUGCUCCUGGAGAUGUUCCGCGGCAUGUAUGUGUCGCUGGAGCAGUUUUUCCGACCACCAUACACCAUCUUCUACCCCUUUGAAAAGGGCCCCAUUUCACCCCGCUUCCGAGGCGAGCACGCUCUGCGACGGUACCCCACGGGCGAGGAGCGCUGCAUUGCUUGCAAGCUCUGCGAGGCCAUCUGCCCUGCGCAGGCCAUCACAAUCGAGGCUGAGGAGCGUAUGGACGGCAGCAGGAGGACCACGCGCUACGACAUUGAUAUGACAAAGUGCAUCUACUGCGGUCUCUGCCAGGAGAGUUGCCCCGUUGAUGCCAUUGUCGAAGGCCCUAACGCUGAGUACGCUACGGAGACGCGUGAGGAGCUUCUGUACAACAAGGAGAAGCUGUUGGCAAACGGAGACAAGUGGGAGCCUGAGAUUGCCGCGGCUGCUCGCGCGGAUGCGCCUUACAGAUAAGGGGGAGUUGAGCACUGUGACAUCGCUGUAUAUAUCCGAAGGGCGGCUUCCUCUGACACACAUAUAAGAGUCGGGUUUCUUUUGUCAAUGCAUCAGUACAAUCAGAGGGUCGCCUUCACAUAUGCGAUGAUUCAAUCACAGGCCUUUCCCGUAGAGGGCCCCAAAGAGUAAACGCACCAGUACUUUUUUUUAACACCAUUUGAUUUUCCAUUUUCUGACGUUCAAAGAGCGAUGGCAUGCUGAGAGCACAACAAGUUCUUGGCAGAAAGCAUCGUAAUAUUCAAGGCCGUGUACUACAAGAAAUGGUAUCAAACGCCAGAUGCUCUCCCAAAUAAUACGCAUGCU